AUGAAAAGAAGUCGCUUUUUUUUCGUUUCCAUUUUUUUUUACCUAUCUCAAGAGAGCAGCCUGGAGCUGAGUAAGAAAUUGUUCGGAUUGAACUCCUCCCUCAUAGAGCAUUAUGAAGACGAUUACGAGCAUGCACAGAAAAGGCCGAGGACGUGGCCGGCUGUAGCGGCGCCGGAGGUGGAUGGUGAUACGUGUGUGAUUUUCUCUGCCUCGGAGGGCGACCCCACCAACUGCUGGUGCCCUAGAGGAUACAUCAUGUGCAGCGAGGAGGACGUGCGUGAUGUGCAGUCCAAGCUACACCAAAUUAAAGACGUGAAGCAGCGCAACGAAGUUACCCCCCCGUGGAUGAAGCGUCUCUGUGAUAAUUCAACAGAAGUCGGAUUCAAAAGCAUGUCUGUUGUUAUAGAUUACGAGCUGGCAGUUCUAUGCGACGACGGAAAUGAGAAAAACAAUGCAGACUUUAAAAUAAUUGGUGCUUCAGGUUUCGUUCCGAACGAACAGGUCAUUCAGCAGACAGAGAGGGAUACCACUUAUGUCCCUCGGAAAUGCACCGUUAAUAAUUUUUACCUGUGUCGAAAGGUGGAAGACGAUAACGUGGGCUGCCAGUACGGCCCGUGGUCCCCCUGGGGUCCCUGCGUGGACAGCAAGCAGAGAAGAACCAGGAAGGUGAUGCGUUCAAAUCAGAACAAUGAGGACUUUUGCCUCUGGAAUGGCAAACGAAUCCCCAGAAACAUAAUGGAGGAGACGCGUCCCUGCAAGGUUCCAUCGGAUGCGGACGCUCAGAAGUAG